ACAGCUUAGACUGAAAUUUUUGUUAGAUUGACGGUCUUUGCUGUUCGGUAAUGUUUUCUUCUAUAAAAAUAGAUUCAGUUUAGACGCAGAGAAAAUAUGAGAAAAUAAUUCAUUUUUGAAUUGUCAGGUUUUCACCACCGGGGAUUAGGAAAUACAGAAAAAUGCCACUUUGCUUAAAACACUCAUUGACUUUUUGGCUUAGUUGACCUGGGUUUAUUUUCUUUUCUUUUAUUUAUUUGGAAGGAAAAGAUAAGAGAAGGCAGAAGAAUGAAAAUGGAUUUUUUUAUUUUUUUGCUCUAUUUUCUUGGAAAUCAAACAUAGGGUUUCUCUUUGAAUGCUUUUAAUUCAUCAAUGCUGUUAGCCUGUUGCUGAAAAUUUUGAAUAAUAGGGUUUGACUACAGCUCAAGCUAGAAUUUUGGGAACAUUAUCGGGGAUGGGUGACAAGAAGAAGAAGGCUGCUUCAAUAUUCAUCAGGCUUGUCUCAUCUGCUGGCACUGGAUUCUUCUAUGUGAAGAAGAAGAAUCCUCGGAAAAUGGUAGAGAAGCUUGAGUUCCGGAAAUACGACCCUCGGGUAAAUCGUCAUGUUCUGUUCACAGAGGCAAAGAUGAAGUGAAGGAGAAUCCUCUUCGUGGUAUCUCUCUCUGUUCUGAGUCAGAUUCACAGAUCAGUGUACUACUUUUUGAAGACAAUUUUCAUAUCAAUUACAGCAAUAAUUAUCACUGAUGUUUUUUGGUUUCGCAUAUAUUUUUUUAUGGGUAUUUUUUUAUUUAGCAUAUUGAUUAUCAACUCUUUCUUUUGUGUGGAUGACUUGAUCUCUUGAUAGCCAUCUUUCAUUGUGGGUUAUGCUGUUUCUAAGACAUGGCUCACAGUUUGAAAUAGUGAGGAUCUUCAUGGGUUAAUUGCA